AUGCCUCCGGAGAAUCGCACCUGGACAGCGGCCGGAGCCCUUGCCAUCACCCUUCCUGCACCCUCUCGAGACAUCUUGGGCCGUGUUCGUCGAGUGUUGACGGGUCGAGAUGAGUGGGGUCGACGGAGGGAGAUGAGGAGCGAGAGAGGGAGAACGGGAGUCGGCGGGGCUUCGAAGGGCGGAGGGUUGGCCGACGACCACAUCGCUUCCUCGCUCGAAUGGCUUCUUGCUCGCAGGGGGACUACAUUCAGCGUCAUACCGCACCCCCCAAGGUUGUCGAAGCCCUCCGCGCCCUCUGACGCCGCCGAUCUCGAAACGAUGGUGUUCCUUCUCACACGAAUCGUCGGCGCUUCGAGAUUGUACACUAGCAGGCGAUCCUUGACAAUUCACGCACCCUCGCCUGGCCAAGUGCGCUCUACCGCCAGACGCUCCAACAUCGACGACAAGCUCGCCCAACUACACCCUCAGCUCGCCAAGUUAACUCGCCAGUACCUCUUCUUACGCCCGCCUUGGCUUGUUCAGCCUCCCCCUACAUCCUUCGAUCCCGCCAUGGACUUGCGCCGACUCGGGAGGCCCAAGACGCCCGAGGAACGAGGGGAGCGAGCAGCCGUCAAGCUUUGGAGGAAAAAGGAGGAGCGGGCGAGGGUGCUUAAGUUUAGGGAGGCGUGGCAGAGGCGGGCGCUCAAGGAGCGACAGCGGGCAAUGGAAGAACAGAAGCGCAGGGUGGACAGUGCGAUGGAGUCGAAGGUUAAAUUGGCACGACUUCGUUUGGCCGCCGUCCUCACCGCACCAGACGACGUAAGUGAUAUCAAUCACGCUGCACUAGUCCUCCCAGCUGACAUUUUGCCCGAUGAACCCUUGGCUAUGAUUCCCCAUCCUCCCCGUCCGCAGUAG